GGCAUUAGGACCUGGAUGGCCUAUUUUUGAAGGGUUAGGAAGGGAAACUGUGGGAGAGGGGUAAAGAAAGUCAGUCCUAGCCCAGUGGUGGCCCAGGAAAUAAAUUGUGAAUGGAGAAUGUGCAGGGAGGCUGGAAAAAGCUUUUGAAAGCAGGAAUAUGGGAUGUUCAGAUCUUGGAGACUUGAAGGCUGGAGUCACCAGGGACAGAAGCAAGUGCACAAUGUGAGAGCUGGUGUGAGGGAGAAGACGGGUUUUGGGUGAUCACAUUCACUCCCCUCUUCCAGCUUGGUGCCAUCACUUGGCUUCCUCUCAGAUUAAUCUUAUACUGUAAUGCAGCUUGUCUUCCACCUUCUUUCUGAAGCCUUCCCCAUCAUGUUAGCCAGAAGCAAAAAGGGUCUGUCUCCUGGAGUGUGUUUAUGCCAUGACAUGGCACUUAUGAUACAGCCAUUGAUGUCUGCAUCUCUCACUGUCCAGCUGGAUUUUAAAUCCCUUGAGCAGCACAGAGGUGCUCCAGAGUUUGUUGGGUGAAUGCUAUUUUCUGCCAAAGUGGCAUCAUUUAAAAAGCAUUCUCACCAUUCAUGUAUACUGUGUGCUGGGCAUUGUGCUAGGUGCUUUUUACAUUCCUGACUUACUGAAUGAAUCCUCACAACCCUGGGAUGUGGGGGCUAUUUCCAACUGCAUUUUAUAGAUGAUGAAUCCAAGUCUUAGGAAGGUUGAGCUCAUUUUAAAUCAGUUCUUUCCAGCUUCUCAAGACUGACAGGACUAACGCAGACCCGGGUUUGUCUUAUGUCAAACUGAUGCUCUUCCCCUCCACUGUCUGCCAAGACCUCCAGGGCUCUUUCUGAGUAAAUGUUCCUCAGAAUCCUGGUGCCUCUCUCAGUGCCUAAACCACCGCCCCAUCCUUAUGCACAGCCUAUUUAGCCCCUCACUCCUGACCUGCUUUACCUGCCUUCCCAUCCCUAAUCCUUGCCACUGUCCUCAACCUCCCAAGAUCAGAGAGCCAGUAGGUGGUGGAUCCCCUAAUUUGGAGUGUGUACAGGGUUCUGAGAAGCAUGGGUGAAUGCUAUAGGUGGUAUGCUCCUUCUCCAUAGAUCUCUUGCCAGCUAGAUGUCCCCCCCAUCAUAUGAGUCUUUGGAGUAAACUAGGAUGGUCUUUACUAUCUUGUUCAUUUUCUUUAGUUGGUAGUUCUCAGCCCUGCCUACACCUCAGAAGCACUUGGGGAAUUUUCAAAAAACCACCCACGUUCCACUCUUAGAGAUUCUUACUCUGCAAGUCUGAAGUAGAGCCUGGACACAGAGUUGCAGAGAAAGCUAGACCAUGAGAUCCGGAUGAGGGAAGGGGCCUGCAAGCUGCUGGCGGCCUGCUCCCAGCGAGAACAGGCCCUAGAGGCCACCAAGAGCCUGCUGGUGUGCAAUAGCCGCAUCCUUAGCUACAUGGGCGAGCUGCAGCGGCGGAAAGAAGCACAGGUGCUGGAGAAGACAGGCCGGCGGCCUUCUGACAGUGGGCCGCCUGCUGAACGCUCGCCUUGCCGAGGCCGGGUCUGCAUCUCUGACCUCCGGAUUCCACUCAUGUGGAAGGACACAGAAUAUUUCAAGAACAAAGGCGACUUGCACCGCUGGGCUGUGUUCCUGCUGCUGCAGCUAGGGGAACACAUUCAGGACACAGAAAUGAUCCUGGUGGACAGAACCCUUACAGACAUCUCCUUUCAGAACAACGUGAUCUUCACCGAGGCAGGGCCAGACUUUGAACUGCGACUGGAGCUGUAUGGGGCCUGCAUGGAAGAGGAGGGGGCCCUGGCUGGAGCCCCCAAGAGGCUUGCCACCAAACUCAGCAGCUCCCUAGGCCGCUCCUCAGGGAGGCGUGUCCGGGCAUCGCUGGAGAGUGCUGGAGGUUCAGGAAGCAGUCCCAUUUUGCUUCCCACCCCAGCUGUGGGUGGUCCUCGUUACCACCUGUUGGCUCACACCACACUCACCCUGGCAGCAGUGCAGGAUGGGUUCCGCACGCACGACCUUACCCUCGCCAGCCAUGAGGAGAAUCCCGCCUGGCUUCCCCUUUAUGGUAGCGUGUGUUGUCGCCUGGUGGCUCAGCCUUUCUGCAUGACUCAGCCUACCGCAAAUGGUACCCUCAGGGUACAGCAAGCUGGGGAGCUGCAGGACUGGGCGCGAGUGCAUGGAGUCCUGAAAGGCACAAACCUCUUCUGUUACCGGCAACCUGAAGACGCAGACACUGGGGAAGAGCCGUUGUUUACUAUUGCCAUCAACAAGGAGACUCGAGUGCGGGCAGGGGAGCUGGAGCAGGCUGCAGGCCGGCCCUUCACCCUGAGCAUCAGUAACCGGUAUGGGGAGGACGAGGUGACACACACCCUUCAGACAGAGAGUCGGGGAGCCCUGCACAGCUGGAUGGAAGCUCUGUGGCAGCUUUUCUUUGACAUGAGCCAGUGGAAGCAGUGCUGUGAUGAGAUCAUGAAGAUUGAAACCCCUGUUCCCCGGAAACCAUCCCAAGUACUGGCCAAGCAGGGAUCCUUGUACCAUGAGAUGGCUAUUGAGCCGCUGGAUGACAUCGCAGCGGUGACAGACAUCUUGGCCCAGCGGGAGGGCACAAGGCUGGAGACACCCCCACCCUGGCUAGCAAUGUUUACAGAACAGCCUGCCCUGCCUAGCCCCUGCUCACCUGCCUCAGUGGCCCCAGCCCCAGCUCGGACCUACCCCAUGCCCUGGGGGCGACCCCGAACAUUCUCCCUGGACGCUGUCCCCCCAGACCACUCCCCUAGGGCUUCCCACGCGGUUGCCCCUCUCCCCCAGCAGCGAUCCCCAAGGUCCAGAGGCCUCUUCAGCAAAGGCCCACCCCGCACUUGGCUCCAGUCACCAGUAUGAGACAGAAAGGUGCUUGCAACAGGAUCUGGCCAGAGGAAGAGAGGACCUACAUGCAGUUGGGCUCUGGAUGCGGCGCUGUCAGUAGCAGGUUGGCCAGCUUGGCCUCCCCUUCCUCUGCUGGACUGGGGGAGCAGAAGCCCCUCUUC